UGUCGCCAUAACAACAUUGACAGCGAAGUCGACCAAAACGCGGAAGGCAGUGUUUAAGCUAUUUUUCUCAGGUUGAAAUUCGUUCGGUGUGUUCAUAUAGUACAAUAACACAGCCAAGAUGCCGAAGAAGAAGAGGGGAUCUGGCAAAAAGGCUAUGUCAGAAGAUGAACGUAUAGCCUAUGAAGAGCAAAAAAGACUGGCGGAGGAAGAGAUGCGAAAGAAAAAAGAAGAUGUUCUUGCUCAAUUUCUAAAGGACAAACUUGUGAAGGAAGAGAAGGCAACCCGAUACAACCUGAACAAACUGAACCAUCAAUGGCGGAACAUAAUGAGGGAGGCGAAGGCCAAGGAACUGAAGAAGGAUAUCGAAAUUCUCAGUCAGACAUUUGAGAGAGUCAUUGAUCGGAAGGAUGCUGUGAUCAAAUCUUUAUCUAAAGAUAUUGCAGAAGCAGAAGAGCAAUAUGCCAUGGCCCUCCGUAGUCAUCUGCAAAAUGUGGAUUAUCUCAUGGAGCUUCAGAAGCAGCGCCUGGAGGCCUUGACCCGUGAGUACUCAGUGGAGCUGGAGAUUGUAUGUGAGGAAUUCGAUCUUGAGAGAGCUAUGUUGAUCGACCAGCACAACAUCGAGAUGAACGAUAUCGCUGACAUUCUCUUUGCCAUGGAUCAAAACUUUCAGGAGCGCGAAAAUGAAGCAAAGUCGGAAUUUCAGUCGAUGCGAGAUGAAAUCAAGAAUAAGAACCUGGAAGAAAAGCAUGCCCUGCGAGUUCAGCUGGAGACAAAAGUUGACGAUUUGUGGCAGCAGUUCCGCCAGGCUCUACAGAAUUACAACGAAACAACAGAGGAGAAAAAGACAGUCUUUGAGUCCUUGAAGAUCAAAGAUGAAAAGAGUGCCAAGGAAAUUGAACUGCAAAUGAGGAAACUGCAGAGGAUUGGGGAUCAAAUUGCCCAGCUGAAAAGUAAGAUGUCAGCAAAUGCUAAAGAAUGUGAGGAGAGGAACAAAGGGCUGAAGGAGGAAGAAGAAACAAUCAUAACCAAAAAGGACAGAGAAAAGAUGCAGAGACAUUUCCACGAACUGAAAGCCGAGAUGAACCAAGUCCGGGACAAGGAAAGAGACAAACUGACAAAACUCACACUGGAGAGCAAUGCAGCCAUCAAGGAGAUCAAGCGACAGAAGGAGAAGGGUGAGCUGAUUCUGAGACUGGCCGAAAUGUGUCGCAAGAUGGAGACGGAAGAGGAGAAAGUGUUGCCGUUCUACGCCUCCUCACUCACCAAGGAAGAGCAGGAGGAUGUGGAGGCUGCGGUUCUAGAACCUCCGUCACAACCCCUGGCUGAGGUGAUGCAUGAUUACACAUCGCUGGAGAACUUCUGGAAGCGUUACAACAAAGUCUUACUGGACAAGCUGGCCCUGGAUAAGGAGAAACAGACCAUGGCUCAGGAGAACCACCAACUGCGAACUCUCCUCAAGCAGUACCUGGAUGGUAUCUCGGUCAAUGACGAAAUCUUAAGCCAAGUGAACCCUCUGUUCGUGGUGAACAACAAGACCAAUGUCAAAUUGAACGUGCCAGUGAUGGACCCACGAGUCAGGAGACCUGUGCCACAGACCGUUGUGGAAGCCGCUCAUGUCAUCCAGCACACGCUCAAAUAUUAGCCUGAAACACCCCAUAAAUGACUUAUCUGUGAUACACUGUUUGAUCAACACUCACAAUCAUAAAUUCAAGCUGCCUCCUCCCCCCCCACCCCCUUCUCACUUUCCCCACUAUUCUGUAGCGUUUUGUGUGGUCCAACUCAGUUUCCUUCCCAUAAGAAGAUAUUUGUCCCUUUUUGCUCUCCAUGUCCAUGGAUACACAACACAAUAGAACACUCCACACAAACAUCUAUCCUGUGCUGUUCCCAUUUUACUGAUGCUUCUAUGUGUAGUUGGAGGGCUCUGCUUGUAGGUCCCACUUCAUUUCUCACACUCAGUUGUUUUGUCUGUCUUCUUUGCUUUUUCCCAGAACUAAAUGACUAUUAUUGUGUUGAUGUCUUUCUCAAACAAACAAACAAACAAAGCAAAUAGAAAUUGUUGACAGAGUGUGCAUUAUCUCUGAUUUCUGCUCUGUAUUCCAGUGCAUGUUGUACAUAGCAACACAAGAACUAUAAAUAAAACAAGCUUUAUAAAGGAA